AUGGCUCAAACAUCCAAGCGCAUCCUCAUCGCGGGCCUUGGCCGCCACGUCGCUGUAUCUUACGAAGUAGGACCUAGACUCGGUAUCCAAAAGACCAACAGACAAAUAGUGCUAGAUGAAAUCGACAAAGCCAGAGCUGCAGGCUACGAAUGCUCAAGUAUGGAUGUGAACCCCGAACAGCCCGAAGAAUCGAUUAAUCAGAUCAAGAAAAUGUUGACGGAACAACGCCAAGAUCUGUUCAUCAUAGGUUUUGGACUCAGAGGAAACGCCACUCUGACUGCUUUGUUCGAGAAAGCUGUUAAUGUGUGUGUCGCACUGUCGCCUAGCACCAAGCUUGGAUUCGCACCUGCACCGAAUGAGAUGUAUAAGACGAUCUUGAGGGUGCUGUCAGAGAAAUGA